AUGUUCAAGCUAGUUGCUGUAUUGAGCUGCCUCGUGGCGAUCAGUUGGGCUAUGCCGGCCUUGGAGCUCUCGCAACCGAUUGCUGCUCCAGAGGCUCAGAACAGUCCGGCCGUGCUGGUCGUUCAGGCUGAGGACGAUGAUGCCGAUCUGGCCGGUGCUGAGACGGCCCACCACGGAUACGGCGGCUAUGGUGGAUACGGAGGCUACGGCGGUGGCUUCGGCGGCUAUCCGUACGGAGGCUAUGGCGGAGGAUUCGGAGGGUAUGGUGGCGGUUUCGGUGGAUUCGGAGGCGGAUACGGACACGGCGGCUUCGGUGGAUACGGACAUGGACAUCAUCACCAUCACGGAUAA